CUACACAUCGCAACAAAAAGAUGGCAGUUGUUGAACCGGCAAGGGUAUACAACGUAUCUGGUGGAGGAUCAGGUUCAGCGGGUGAUUCAUCGUACAAUUCAUCAUCGUUACCUGAUCUGUUACGAAAGCAUGGAAGUACGAAUAAGCGAAGGCCACGUAAAAAAGUUGCCUCUUCAGUGAAUGAAGAACUUGCAAAGAUUGAAUUAGUACAAGAUUUCGAAUUCCCAGAAGCAUCUAAUAAAAUCAAAACUACAAGAGAUGGUCAAAAUAUCAUCGCUACAGGAACGUAUAAACCACAAAUAAGGGUAUGGGAAUGUGAACAACUUUCACUCAAAUUUGAACGUCAUACGGAUGCUGAAAAUGUGGAUUUUGUUAUGCUAUCUGAUGAUUGGACAAAGUCGUUGCAUGUUCAGAACGAUAGAACGGUAGAACUGCAUGCUCAAGGUGGACACCACGCCCGACUACGUAUUCCCAGAUUUGGACGAGCACUUGAUUAUCACUUCAGUACAGCAACCGCAUUGAUAGGUGCAGCAGGAAACGAGGUGUAUCGACUCAAUCUGGAUCAAGGUAGAUUCAUGGCCCCAUUCACACUACCAGAAGAGGUUUUGGGUGUAAAUGCAGUCAAUGUUAACCCGGCACAUGGGUUAUGCGCUUUUGGUGUGGAAGGUGGAUUGAACAGAGGAGGCGUUGAAUUAUGGGAUGCUCGCAGUCGAUCCAAUGUCGGUAGAUUGAAUAUUGCAACAAGGGAUGUAUUGGACGCAGCUCUGAUAAGUGCAAGACGUGGACUACCAGGUGUUUAUGGAGUGGGAGACGCAACUGAAGAAUCGGCUCUUUUGACGGAGGCAAUGUCCGCCUUGAGUGUGACAACAUUGAGCACCUCAGCAGAUGGUUUGCACAUCGCAGCAGGCACAAAUACUGGACAUGUACUCUUGUACGACUUACGAAUGGACAAGCCUUACUCUACAAAAGAUCAAGGUUUCGGACUGCCAAUAAAGAGUAUCAGUUGGCCAAGUGACACGUCCACUCGCAGUACAUUGGCCACAAGCGAAGCAGGAAGUGGUGAUAAGCGAGUUUUAUCGGCAGAUGCAAAGGUGAUCAAAGUAUGGUCAGCCAAUACGCCAAACGAAAAUAUGGUCACAAUCACACCUAAUGCACAUGCGGGUGAUAUAAAUGACGUUCAUCAUAUGCCAGGAACAGGUUUGAUCAUGUCUGCUAAUGAGGCAACUCGAUGCAAUGCUUGGUACGUGCCUGAUCUUGGCGUUGCACCGAAGUGGUGUAGCUUCUUGGAUGUUUUGACGGAUGAAGCAGAUGGGGAAGGAUUAGGAUCCGGAAAAGGAACAUAUGAAGAUUUCAAAUUUGUCGAUCAAGCAGAAUUGGAUCGACUUGGUCUUUCGCAUCUUAUUGGAUCGCAAGUUUUACGACCUUAUAUGCAUGGUUUCUUUAUGUCUUUGGCUUUAUACGAUAAAGCACGAUUGAUCAAUAAUCCGACUGCAUAUGAAGAUGCACGUGAACGAGCAAUCAAGAAGAAACUGGAAAAGAUGGCCGAAAGUCGUAUUCGUGAAGAUCCGAAAGAUGUUGCAAGACGUAGAAGAAAUGAGAAAGAAUUGGAAGGUAUUCGUGUUAAUAGAGAAUUGGCAGAAAAAGUUGGGAAACAAAACGAAAAGAAGGAGAAAGGUAGAAGUGAUAAAAUGGUCGAAAAGCCAACACUUCUUUCGGAUGAUCGAUUCAAGGAAUUGUUUACCAAUCCAGAAUAUGAAGUUGAUGAGGGUAGUAGAGAAUUUGCAUUGCUCAACCCAAGUACAGUUCGAAACAAACAGAACGGAAAGGAUUCAGGUGCAUCCUCAGAGAAAGGACGGCGUAAGCUUACAGCUGUUGAAGAAGAGGAUAUGGAGAGUGAUCGAGAGUCAUUGGAUCCAGAUCAAGAGGAUCAGCAAGAGGAUGAGAGUAGCAGUGAUGAUAGCGAUGACGAAGGAGAUCUGGGACAAUUUGAUCCCCGUAAUCAUGUCAACAAGCGAAGGGUUGACAUUGAGAAACAAGAUCGAGCACAACGUGGAGCCAGACCUGUUGAUGAAGAUGAGUUCAAUGAAGGACGUGGCGCAGGAUACGGUCAGAAGAAAAGAUCGUUCGGCGAACGUGCACGGGCAGGCAAGACAAACGACGACGCAUUUGAAGGCUUUGGUGAAGAUGAUGACGAAGAAGGUGGACGUGGUGGCAAAUCAUUCACAUGGACACCUUCAGCCGAUGCAGAUGCUGCUGCGAUUGCCGAACAAGAUUCUGGCAAAUCUGGCAACAAGAAAGGAAAGAAGGCUGACAAAGGAGAAUCUUUCGGAAAAGGUCUCAGUCGAGGAGCAGGAAAAGAACAAGGUGUUGGUGUUGAUGCGUUGGAACAUGAACAACGAUUCGGUCGUGAUAAACGUCGUAAGCCGAACAGAAGUGCCAGUAGAAAUGUUAUGCAAGGAAGAAAGAAUUGAUGUAACUCUUUAUUUGUACUUUAUACCACCACAUAUACAAUCUGUAAUGAUGAUGACAUGCUUCUUUGAAUAGGGUCUUUGUACAUUAGCGCGUUAAAAG